UCUGUACGAAAAUUGAACCCUUAAGCAAAAAUAGGAAAAGAAGGUUUUGGAGAGGGUUUUGCAGUUCAAACUGUACAGCGUUCAAGAAAGAUAAAACAGCGCAACAAUGGCAGCAUCACUCGGCGGAAGAUCGACACUAAUCCGCACCAUUUGUAGAAAACCACCGUCAAUCCCAACUUCACCGCGAUUCUCCAUUUCACCACUGUCUCCUCCUCCCAUCUUCCUCCGUCGUACUCCAAUUUCCCCUUCCCCCUCACCCUCUUCAUUCAGGUUGCGGCGAGAGUUGUGCUCUCUGCUUCCGGCUUAUAGUGCUAUUGCGUCGGCUUGUCUUGUCUCCCGGCUUCCUGAUGGACUUGAUUCCUCCGCUGAAUGGUACACUCGUUCCAAAAAAUUGACAACCGCAACCGGAACCGGAACCGGAAAAUGUGUUCAGGUAGAUUUGCCAACUAUGUCAGUCCCAUCUAGAAGCAGGGUAGUCAACUGGGUGCUCCCUUGUGCAAGUAAAGGAGCUGCUCUUUCUUUCUACACUUCUAGUUGUAUUAAGGUAUCUUUUUAUAUUGCUUUUUGGUGUUAUUGUUUACCAUGAAAAUUUAGAUCUAGCAUAUAGAUAUAUUCUUACAAGGUUUUAGGUAGUGAGCAUUUAUGUACACAGUCCAAUUUUGAUACAAGAAAUGUCAUCUUGAAGAUAGAUGCUUUACCAAAUUCCAAGCCAAAUUAUAUCUUUUGAGCUUCUACUGCAUUUUUGUAUGGAUUAAACUUCUUGCGAAUAAUUGAAGUUAGCUACUUUCCCUUUCCAUUUAA